AUGCAGGAUCCGGCCUGUGAAGAAGAAAAACACAUCUCGGAUGAAGAAAACAAUAGAUUUCGAGGAGGUUAUGAGAAAGGCAAGAGCGCAGGUUCAUAUGCAGUUCGUAAAGACCUCAAACCCUCUCAGCUCAAAUUAGAGACAAACCUGCAGAACAAGCUACCUAGACACAAUCAAUUCAUUGCGGAUCGGUUUUGCCAUUUCUCAGAGGAAGCUGUUGCCAAGAACAAGCAGGCAAUGAAGGAGUUUGGUAUUCCAAGCUGGUCUGAUGAAGCUUGGGAAAGCUAA